CUGAAUACAUUCGAAAUUACAAGCUGCUUCCCCCCUCCUAAAGAUCUGAGGCAAGAGGACACCGACAAUUCUAUUGACGAUGUCGAUGAAGACAAAAUUGACGAGAUCCUUCGAGAUGCUACUCGGAACCUCGUCAUCUUCUUCUACGAGGCCAAAUCUCACUGUCCGUCAUGUGUCGAGGCGCUUUCAGAGGUGGAAGAAAUCGAUGAUGACAUCGAGGCUACUGGAUACGUUCAGGUCGUGAAAACAGAUGAUCGUUCAGUGGCCCGCGAUCUUGGUAUUGUCACCUUUCCGUCGCUGGUGUAUUACCGAAGAAAAAAUCCAAUCCUAUAUGAUGGUGAGUUCAAAGAUUCGCAGGAGGUGUUGCGAUGGUUACGAUCGCACGAAGAGGUUGUCACUUGGGAUCUGACCGACGAUAAUUUCGAAUCACGGACCGACUCUCAUUCACCAGACGAGGGGACCCUCGACUGGUUUGUCAUGUUUUAUGAUGCUGACGACGCACCCUGCAAUUCCUUCAUUCCCAUGUGGGAAACAGUGGCUCACAAGCUUCGAGGUUUAGUGCACGUGGGCAAGGUGGAGACGUCGGUUAACGAUGACGUCACUGAUCGUUUCCAUAUCGAUGAAAACGAGUGCCCUACUUUCUUACUAUUCCAUCGUGGGAAAAUGUAUCGCUACAAAGAAUCAGCAAAGGACGUGCGAACUUUGACCAAUUUCGCUCUUUACAAAUUCAAAGAGCAGCGAGGGAUGAGGUACACUAACGUCUCGCCGCUCGAACCUUCCGCUACGGCUCAUCUCCGGCUCUUUUUGGGAAAAUCACUGCCACUUCCCAUAUCCUCAACUUUAAAAACUGAGGAUAACCAAAUGCUGUCAGUGAUUGGCGUCGGAGGUCUGAUAUUAAUCGUCGCCAUCACGCUCAUUAUCAAAGCGUAUCGAAUCAAACAACAGGACAAGGCGAAGAGCGCCUAA